AUGCAAGCAGGCAAGCCCUUGGCUUACUUUAGUGAAAAGCUAAAAGGGGUGUCAAUGAACUACUCUACUUAUGACAAGGAGUUGUAUGCACUCGUAAGGGUAUUGACCCAUUGGAAACAUUAUUUGUGGCAUAAGGAAUUUGUGAUUCGUUUGGAUCAUGAAUCCUUGAAACAUUUGAAGAGCCAGUAUAAGCUUAACAAGAGACAUGCGAAAUGGGUGGAACUUAUUGAAGCUUUCCCGUAUGUGAUCCAUUACAAGAAAUGUAAAGAAAAUGUGGUGGCGGAUGCUUUGUCUAGAAGGUUCCAACUUGUUGAUGGGUUCCUAUUCAAGGAUGGUAGAGUUUGUGUCCCAAUGAGCUCAUGGAGAAAGUUGUUCAUCAAGGAAGCACAUAGUGGUGGAAUGAUGGGCCAUUUUGGAGUGACCAAGACACUUGAUAUUUUGGGUGAGCAAUUCUAUUGGCCCAAGAUGCGACAUGAUAUUGAAAGGCUAUGUGGUCAAUGUUUGGAGUGCAAACAAGCCAAGUCCAAGACUUGGCCCCAAGCCUUUGCUGAAUUCUUGAGCUCAAGUGAAGUCAUCCCAACCGAAUUCGAUGCAAAUUUACUCCGUGUGAGAUACAGUGCCCUUUUAUGCGACAAUGCAUGGGAUAAGUCAAACAACAAUGCAUCAAGUGAUAACAAGCAGCCUCCAAGACCAAUUAGACCGGUAGUUGAUUACGAUGCAGUUGAUAAAGUAGAUCUUGAUUAG